ACAGGUAGUGUAUGAAGAACUAGAAGGCAUUCUGUAUACGGCCAUGCUAGCUUGCAGUGCGUAAUGAAGGCGAUCUGGUGAUCAUGGGUUCUUCUCCUCAGAGGUAAAUACCUGAAAAAAAUUUAAACUUGAUACCUGCUGUCUGGUAUCCUGUCACACCUCUAUGUCACCAUGACGACCCAACUGUGUUUCAACCAGUCAGAAGCUAUUGAGCUGCAUGGUCCACAUGGCCUCUACCUCAAGCCCAUCGCCAAGCUCAACAUCUCUGUCACCCUACCUCAGAUGAAGAUGGAAGGCAAAUCCAUCAGCAACUGGGAGGUGAUGGAAAAGCUCAAGCGUAUGGCCAAGCCCGACUCCUUCCUGGUCCUGCGGGUCAGCAAGAGCUCGCUGGAGUUCCUGCGCUUUGAGGCCGAGGUGGAAGCCAAGAGCCUCAUCAAGGUCCUCAUCCUGAGGCUGGAUGGCAAAGUAAUCAAGCUCAGUGGGUUCCCUGAGCCGCUCAAAGUCAGGGCGGCUGAGGCCAAGAUCAGCUUCCCCAACCGGCAUGACUGGGACUCGUUCUUCCGCGACGCCAAAAACAUGAAUGAGAACAACCCUGGGGAGCGGCCAGAUACCAUCAAGAUCGAGAGCCUGCCAUGCAAGUGGUUCUCCUCAACGGCCGAGCCGGACAAGCCCAGUGAACUCAUUAUCAAGAAGAUCUUUGAGCUGUUUGGCGAGAUCCGGAACGUGGACAUUCCAAUGCUGGACCCCUACCGGCACGAGUCACAGGUCAUCGGUGGAAACUUCCGGACGUUUUCCUCUUUCAACACGUUGACAUUUGAAGCCUUCAUUCAGUACACAGAGUACAUCGGGUUUGUGAAAGCAAUGGACGCUCUAAAGGGAAUGAAACUUAUGAAGAAAGAGACAAUUACGGAUGAAAAUGAGAAAGAAGGCAAAGCUUAUACAGCUGACAUCAAGGUUGACUUUGACAAGACGCGUCACCUGUGCGCCAAAAGCAUCCAGAAACGGGAGAAGGAACGACAGAGGCUGAUCCAACUGGAGAAGCAGCGCGAAGAGCAGAAACGACUGGAACGGGAAGAAGAGGAGAGAAAACAGGAGGAGGAAAGGCGGAGAAAGGAGCAAGAGGAGCUGUACAGGAUACAGCGGAAGCAGGCCAAGCUGACGCGCAAGGAGGAGAGACGGCAGCAGAGGGAAGAGAAACGACGGCAGCUGCGGGAGGAGAAGAAGAGGCAGCGACAGGAGCAGGAGCUGCAGCGGCGGAUAGCGCUGGAGGAGCGCAAGCUACUCAUCGCGCUAAGACAGCUGGAAUCUAUCCGACUGCUGACGGAGCUCUUCGAACGGGUUAAGGUCAUAAAGCAACACGAAGAGGUGCAGCGACGACUGGAGGAACUGGAGCAGGAGCGACUGCGGCAGCUGGAGGAGGAACGGCUCAAGAAGGAGCAGGAGGAGCGCGCCCAGGAGAAGGCAGCAGCCCGCCAACAGCGCGAGCUGCGGCGGCGCGAGCUGCGCCUCAAGCGCAAGCUGACAAAGAACCUGAGGAACCGGACGGAGCAGGAGGAGGAGAAACGGCGGGAGCGCCUGCGGCAGAGGCUGAGCGGCAGGGCCAGGCUAAAGUCGGCUGUGGUACCCGGCCUGUAUCCCCGGCCCCACAUCGACGAGGACCGCCACCAGUACGGGGAGAGAGUCGAUGGGGAGAGGAGCACCAAGAGACCCAAGCUGAAGUCAGCCAUGGCGCACAAGCACAGGUAGCCAAGGGUCGGAUGGUCUGUGAAGGUCAUGCAGUAGACUCGUACGCUAACAGACUGUUCAACAAGGGAGAAUGCUGUGCACUGGAACUUUGCAUGUCUCUCUUUGGAGUCAACUAUGCCAAUUGAAAGUUUUCUGCUUCAGAAACCAAAAACCGAGUUCAUGGCUGUAUUCUUGUCAGGAUGCUUCACAGAAGCCGAUAGAGGGAUCCUUGUUAUUCUGUAAUGGCACAAAGUGGUUUUUAACUUACCGGUUGUGUUACCAGUAAGACCUUUUUACAAAGUGGUUUCAUUCAAAUGGGCCUACAAAUACCCUGGGGCCUACAAAAGUGUAGUUGCUUUCCCAAGCCAACAUGUUCUUUCAAAGCCGACUUUUAUACGUUGCUUAAAGAGUUACAUACCAGAGCUAAUCAAUCGAAAGUGACUCUAAUUAAUUGCAUGCUGAAACUCAAUCCAUGAUUUUACGUUUGAUCAGUACUAAAGUCAGCAGGGUCCUGUGUUUGGUCAUCCAAAAUUGAUUCCACAGAAAAUGUGAAAUAAAACAGGUGUUCUCGUUCACGACUCUGA